AUGUUAAGACUGGCAUGGCGUCGGUCGACGUCCAGAAAUAGCUGCGCGGAGCCUGCACGCCUUUUGACUGCAGCUUUCCUGGGAGCGAGCAGUCCACAGCAGAGCUCUGAGGGCAACAUUAGGUGUUUGAGACACAUUCCCCACCCACCCAGCGACAGGUCCUCGCUCCUCCAUCCCAGGCCGGCCUGCUGUCUCAGUCCAUCCGUCUUCAUGAGCAUGGCAUCAGGAGGCGAAGGGCCAUCGUCCACUCCUCACAAACACACCAACAGGUUAGCCAAGGAGCGGUCGCCCUACCUGCUGCAACAUGCACACAACCCUGUUGACUGGUAUCCAUGGGGACAAGAUGCUUUUGACAAGGCAAAGACUGAAGACAAACCCAUCUUUUUAUCAGUGGGUUAUUCGACAUGCCACUGGUGCCACGUUAUGGAACGGGAGUCCUUCGAAGACGAAGAAAUUGGUCAAAUCCUCAGUGAGAACUUUGUAUGCAUCAAACUAGACAGAGAAGAAAGACCUGAUGUGGACAAGGUCUACAUGACCUUCGUACAGGCAACAAGCGGUGGUGGAGGUUGGCCCAUGAGCGUCUGGUUGACUCCUGACCUUCGACCUUUCGUCGGGGGCACCUACUUCCCUCCAAGAGACCAUGGAAGAAGACCUGGGUUCAAGACUGUUCUCACCAGAAUCAUGGAACAGUGGCAGAAUAAUCGCACUACUUUGGAGUCCAGUGGGGACAGGAUCCUUGAAGCCCUGAAGAAAGGCACAGCCAUUACUGCAAACCCAGGAGAAAGUCCUCCACUGGCCCCAGAUGUCGCUAAUCGCUGCUUCCAGCAGUUGGCCAAUUCUUAUGAGGAGGAGUACGGAGGCUUUAGAGAUGCUCCAAAGUUCCCUACACCAGUGAAUCUGAUGUUCCUCAUGUCUUAUUGGUCGGUGAAUCGCUCCACCUCAGAAGGGGUUGAAGCUCUCCAGAUGGCCUUGCACACACUCCGUAUGAUGGCACUGGGAGGCAUCCACGACCACGUGGCACAGGGUUUUCAUCGUUACUCGACAGAUUCCUCCUGGCAUGUUCCUCACUUUGAAAAGAUGCUGUACGACCAGGCUCAGCUGGCCGUAGCCUACAUAACAGCUUCCCAGGUAUCAGGUGAGCAGGUUUUUGCAGAUGUGGCUAAGGACAUACUGCUCUACGUCUCCAGAGACCUGAGUGACAAGUCUGGCGGCUUCUACAGCGCAGAGGAUGCAGACUCUGUCCCAGCAUCAGGGGGAGCAGAGAAGCGAGAGGGGGCUUUCUGUGUGUGGACGGCCUCAGAAGUUCGGGAGCUCUUGCCAGAUGUGGUGGAAGGCGCCACUGGAGCUGCCACGCAGGCAGACAUCUUUAUGCACCAUUAUGGGGUUAAGGAGCAAGGCAAUGUUACUCCAGAACAGGACCCCCACGGGGAGCUGCAGGGCCAGAAUGUGCUGAUCGUGCGUUAUUCAGUCGAGUUAACAGCUGCUCACUUUGGCAUCAGUGUCGAGAAAGUCAAUGAGCUCCUGGCCUCCGCCAGAGCCAGAAUGGCAGAAGUGAGGAAGAGCCGGCCACGCCCACAUCUGGACACCAAGAUGCUGGCCUCCUGGAAUGGCUUGAUGCUGUCGGCCUACGCUCGGGUUGGAGCCGUGCUGGGGGACAAGGCCUUACUGGAGAGAGCGGUGCAGGCAGGCGACUUCCUCAGGGAGCACAUGUGGGACGCUGAGCGGCAGACCAUCCUCCGAUCUUGUUACCGUGGAGACCAGAUGGAGGUGCAACAAAUAUCCUCUCCCAUCUCUGGCUUCCUGGACGACUAUGCCUUCAUCAUCUGUGGCCUGCUGGACCUGUACGAGGCCACGCUGCAGACGGAGUGGCUGCAGUGGGCCGAGGAGCUGCAGCUCAGGCAGGACGUGUUGCUGUGGGACGAUCAGGGAGCAGGCUACUUCUGCAGUGACCCCAGCGACAGCACUGUACUGCUGCAACUGAAAGAGGAUCAGGACGGAGCUGAGCCCAGCGCUAACUCAGUGUCGGCCUGCAAUCUCCUGCGUCUGUCCCACUACACUGGAAGACAGGAGUGGCUCCAGAAGUCCCAGCAGCUGCUGACAGCCUUCUCUGACCGUCUGAGCAAGGUUCCCAUAGCCCUGCCUGAAAUGGUCCGGUCGCUCAUGGCCCAGCACUACACGCUCAGACAGAUUGUGAUCUGUGGCCAGAGGGACGCUCCCGACACCGCAAGUCUUCUAGCAACAGUCAACUCCCUCUUCCUUCCGUUUAAGGUCUUGAUGCUCACCGAUGAAAACGCUGAGAGCUUCCUGCACCAGCGUCUGCCCGUCCUGUCCUCCAUGUCCCAGCUGGGCGGUGUCGCCACAGCCUAUGUCUGCCAGGACUUCACGUGUUCUCUGCCCGUCACCGACCCCCAGGAACUACGUCGACUGCUCCUGCACGGCACCACGGACAUGCCGGCAGAAUGACAGCAGAAGAACUGAGUGACUGAUAUUUAAUGAAGAAGCUCAAAAUCUUCAAAAGCUGAACUCCUCAGAUCUGCAGCCCCAGCCUAGCUUCUUCUUGCUGUAUUUGGCUAGUGAGUCUGGCUUUAUUAUGAAUAAACGCCAACGCUUUAAAAGCUAAUAUACUACGUUGAUAGGUAACAUGAGGGCGUUUAACCGCCAGUCAUUCCAGACCUAUAAAGAAAGCCUAUUCUGUGUUAGCUACACCAGCUAAGUAUUACCUCACAUAUCAGCUCCAGUUUUAUUUUGGCAGACAUAGAUCAGUGGAGCCACGUUGAAAUUCAGGUGUAUAAAUGUCCUUAUGAGGAAAUCCGCACAGCAGCAGUGGCAGCAUACUGAAGUGAUGUAGCACUUGUACCAAAUGUCCUGGCUUGACUAUUAGCCCAGAAGUAAACUUGAGGCUCUUAAUAGACCAUAACCUAAGACCACUUGGAUGAAGUGAACCGAUAAUAUUUUGCAGAUGAACCGAGCUGCCCUGUCGUCCUCUCCCAGCGCCGCGUUCCAGCCUCCCGCUUUUCACGUCACAUGGAUCUGACAGCGGAGGCCUUGUGCAUGUUUGUGUUUGAGUGUAUCAAAAAGGUUGGUUCGCAGGUUUGUAUGUAACCACGGUUUAGACUUUUAAAAGUCUACCGUGUACGUAUUUGGUUUCAUUUGUAGUAACGUCGCAGCGAACAAGCUGCUCUUUGACAAGCUUCAGUUUACCACCAGCUCGCACUUGUUUAUUUUCUGUUUUCUGGGAUUCAAAAGGAUCCUUUCCCUGCUGCAACACUCACUUACGUCUUGUGAAUUUUAACUCAUGGCUCAGACAUCAAGAAAUAUGCAGCAUGUAUACGCACAACCCUGAAUAAUAAACAUAUUUGUCUUACAAGCA